AUGGAGAUGAUGGAGGCUGUGGAAGAGAACACGCAGGCCAAGAACCCAAUGGAGGGGGACCAGCUGGUGAGCAAAGGAGGGGAUGACCCUGAGGCCAACCCGCUCCACCCGCAAGAGGUCGACGUAGCGGGCCACCGCAUCCUAAAGCCCACCGUCAAGUCGAUGGUGACGGCGUACGAGACACACACGCUACACGGGAAGAAGCAGGUGCUGGAACACAUCAGCGAAGAGGAGUGGCGCCUCAUUCGCGACACCAAGAUCCAGGCCUCUGGCAAGUGGAUCACGCGGGACGCGAAGGACGGCAGCUCCCCGCAGACUACCCCGCGCUCGCCGCAGCGCCGCGGCACGAACCCGCCCCGCUCGGCCGGCAGGGGUCACUGGCCGGACCGCAUCACGGCUGGGGCGGUGGCCAGCGCCGGGGGGAGCGGCAACCCGCGCACGCGCGGCUUCACCCACGGCUCGGACGUGUCGCAGUCGUCGUGCGACCUGACCGCCGUGCUGGUCACCACCUGGGACAAGGUGCCCCUGCGCGGCUCGAAAACGCAGCAGAAGGCCAAGAAGCCCGACGACGGGCAAGCCGCGGAGAGAGUGGGCGCGGAGAAGGCCGACGACGGUAAGGGCGGCGGCGACGAAGAAGAAGACGACGACGAGGACGACAAUGAUGAAGAAGAGGACGCGCGCUUUCGAGCGGUCAAGACGUGGUCGGCCGGCACCAAGCUGCAGCGGCCGAUGUCGAUCAAAGCGAGUCCGGCCUCUACGUUCGACGAGUGGAUGCUCCAGUCGCGAGAGGACAUGCAGACGUUCGGAGGCGAGAGCGCGACGGCGCGCCCGUCGGACUCGACGGCGCUCCUGUCCCCCGACGCGCCCGCUGCUGCGGGCAGCGACCUUGAGCCGGGCGGUGAUGGAAGCGCCGAAAGAGCGUCGGCGGCGGGUCGGACCACGAGGGCUCGGGGAAAAGAGGAUCGGAUGCGCAAGUCGAACAGCAGCGGGAGAGAGCGAAAGAAGGCGGGCGGAAGAGCGAAAAGGGCGAGAGGAGACGAAAAGACCAAGAAGGCGAAGGCGAAGGCGAAGACAGACGGUGAGGGCAAGAAGGCGGAAGCAACGACGAAGCAGCACAAAAGGCGGAAGAGCCGCGAGAAACUCGAGGCUGCGAUUGUCGCCAGGAGCGGCGAUGACGAGGAAGACUCCGGCUACGUUUCACCACCUCACUCUCCGCACAAGUACGGCGCCAUCCGCCCCGCGUGUCGUCAUGCUGGGCGCAAUUCGCUGGUGUGUAAUGGACAUCGGAAUGCACGCUACAGACGCAAUGCCGGGUCUACGCCGGGGCCAGUACGACUCGUCUACGAAGAGGGCCGAGGAGGCAACACCAACUUCACCAAGAUCAACCGAAAGCGCAGGUGA